AUGCCCAACGGAGGCUGCGGAUGCUGCGGUGGAAGUAAUAACUGCACCGUGUGCUGCUACAGCACCAAGAAGUCAUGCUGCAAGACACCAAUGUGCUGCCAGCCCAUGCAGUGCUGCCAGCCCAUGCAGUGCUGCCAGCCAAUGCAGUGCUGCUGCCCCACCACUUGCUGCAUGCCCAUGCAGACCUGCUGCUACACCAUGAGCAACAACAGUGGCUGCUGCGGUAGCAGCAGUGGCUGCUGUGGAAACUAA